AUGGGCGAAUAUUCGGAAGCACUUUCAUUACAUCAAAAAGCACUUGAAAUUCGUGACAAAAUACUUCCUGCAAACCAUCAAGAUUUGGCUCAAUCCUUCAAUAAUAUUGGUGCUGUCUAUUACCAAACACAACAGUAUCCGAGAGCACUUUUAUAUUAUGAAAAAGUGCUAGACAUCUUUCUAAAACCUCUUCCGGCAAAUCAUCCAAGCUUAGCUACUGGGUACAACAACGUUGGUGGAGCACAUGAUAUCAUGGGAGAGUAUUCAAACGCACGUUCUUUUUAUGAAACGGUACUUGAAAUCGAUAAAAAAUCUCUUCCUUCAAAUCAUCCUGAUUUGGCUGCCUCCUACAACAAUCUGGCUUUAGUGCAUGAAAACAUGAAUGAAUUUAUUCAAGCACUUUCAUAUUAUGAAAGAGCACCUGAAAUCUUUCAAAGAAAUCUUUCAGCAAAUCAUCCAGAUUUGACUUCAAUCUACAACAACAUCGCUAAAUUGUAUGACAAAAUGAGAGAACACGCCACAGUUGUUACGUAA